AUGGCCGCGUCCACCAUGUCCAUCUGCUCUAGCACUUGCACUGACCCUUGGCAAGUGGACGACUGUCCAGAGAGCUGCUGCGAGCCCCUCUGCUGUGCCCCCAGCAGCUGCACCCCAGGCCCAUGCCUGAAGCUGGUCUGCACCCCAGUGACUUGUGUAUCCAGCUCCUGCCAGUCAGACUGCCCCAGCUACUGCACACCUUUGUGCUGCCAGCAGUCCAGCUGCCAGCCAACUUUUCUCACCUCCUCUUCCUGCCAGCAGGCCUGCUGUGUGCCUCCCUGCUGCGUACCCAUCUGCUGCAAGACCGUGUGCUACAAACCUGUCUGCUGUGUGCCCACCUGCUGUGUACCUGCCUACUCUGAGGCUUCCACUUCCUGCUGCCAGCAGUCCAGCUGCCAGCCUUCCUGCUGCACCUCCUCCCCCUGCCAGGAGUCCUGCUGCGUGACCAUCUGCUACAAGCCCGUGUCCUGCAAACCCGCCUGCUGCAAGCUUGUGUGCUCUGGGUCUUCUUCUUCAUGCUGCCAGCAGUCUAGCUGCCAGCCAAUUUGCUGCCCCUCCUCCUGCUGCAGACGCUCCUCCUGCAUAUCUCUCCUCUGCCGCCCCAUGUGCAGGCCCGCCUGCUGUGUGCCCAUCCCUUCCUGUUGUGCCCCUGCCCCCUCUUGCUAA